AUGGCUUUUAAAUUUCAUGAAGAGGCUGCCGAUACAAUAUUUGAUAAAUCAUGUGAAGAAAUAUUAGAAGACGGGUCCAAAUGUUUACAACAACAUUGUUGCCAUACAACCGUCUGCGAAUUAGGGGGAGACGAAGAUCAUUUUCAUGCCAGAGUUUGUGGCGAAUGCCGUAUGAAAAUAUUCUGGUAUUUACGGCAUAAAACCGAAGAGACGCGGUUGGAAAAAGUUGAAAAGGUCAAGAACGAAGGUAAAGAUUAUUUUAUUGCUACCGGGUAUACAUUGGGUAAAAAUUGGCAAUACGAACAUGUUAAUUCUCGUACAUUAUUUGAUGCUCCCGAAGAACCACUUACAGAAGAAAUUAUAGCUUUUGUAGGAGAACGCUGGUUAAAACAACAAGAAACAAAACCAAAAGAAAAACAAUAUCAAACAAAACUUACUGAUUUUUUUAAUUAG